UGAAUCUUCGGAAAAAUUCAUCCAUCGAGACAUGUUUGUCGGUAUUUGGACUUUGCGCUUUCAUUUUCUCUGUCGCCGACGGCUUUGCUCCUGGAUAUUUCCAUCGGCUACCAGCCGCAACUCUUUCGCACCUACUUUCUUACGACCUUCACAGGGCGGCGAUAGUACACGGUCUUCAGGCAAACGGCCUUACAUUGCUUCCUUACAGGUAGUCGCAGAUGCCGAAGACAUUGACAAGGAUCGCGGAAAAAGGAAGCAUGACGAGGAAGAGACGGUAUCCUCGUCGUGGAUCGAGACAGGGACGGGGGGCUUCUUGCCCAACUUCGGAAGCCGUAAGAUAAGCGAGGUCGCUACGAUCGAGGACUACAAGAAGGUUGUGGUUGAAGAACCCGAUCUUUUGGUCUGUGUACGCUUCUUCGCCCCGUGGUGUCGUGCCUGCAAAGCCGUUUCGAGUCGGUUUCAGCGGCUAGCGAAUGAAUACCCGAAGGUCAAGUUCGUCGAAUGUCCGUUAACUAAAGAGAAUGCAUACCUUCAUCAAGGUUUGGGUGUACCGAGUCUACCGUAUGCGCACAUAUACCAUCCAACAGCGGGAUUGGUGGAGGAGCGGAAAAUAAACAAGAACGUUUUCGCGGAAUUCAAGAAUAAAGUUCUCAAGAGUUAUCUCGACGGUAGUUGUCCGAUAGAAUAUGAUGACGAGAAAGAUGGGAAGGAGUCUCUCCAAUAGAUUUAUAAGUCAAACGUAUUAAUACCUAUCCGUAUCCAUC